AAAAGCCACAUCCAAAAUACAAGUGCGAUAAAAUAUAUUGACUCUUGAGUCUGUUAACCUUGCAAGGCGACAAAACACAAAACAGUAGUACUAAUUUAUUAAAAAUACAUACAAUAUUUAAGCCCCAACUCUUUUUACUACUAAUAAUAUUGGUGAUUUAUGUGCAUGAUGCGAUACCAUCGGAUAAAACAUCUAGGGUAUAAAGACACUAUCAAAAGGUACUUAAUUAAAAAAUAUAACAGGUAAAUAAACUCUAAAUACUUUACGCACUACGUCUAUUAAUCUCAUCAACAUGUCAUUUUGACACAGUAGAAGGGUAUUCCAUGUUCCGCUCCGGGUUUUGAUACGAACACGCUAUCAGACCAUAGCACUGUCUUCAACAGCACCACCCAAGCCUGGACAUGUCAGCCGGACUUAAGUAGGAAGGGACAAAACAGUAACCAAACCCACCAUACAGCCAAUCAGCAAGCUCAAUCCAGGAGGAAGGCAGGAGGCAGGGCCUCUCAGCAGGUAGGAGGGAUGCCUGUGGAGGGCGGAAGCAGCAGCGGCUCUGUAGCAGCUCGCCACCCCAAGCAGAAACGAAAGGCACACAGUUUGUCUAUCCGGCGUACAAAUAGCACAGAAGACAGACCCCUGGGUAUACAUAGAGGAGACAUGCUGGAGGGACAGGACUCCAAGCUGCCCCCUGCGUUGCGAAACAAUCUCCUUGACCUCUUCAGCCAAAUUGAACGCGAGUUUGAAAAUCUCUACAUUGAAAACAUUGAACUACGCCGGGAAAUCGACUCCUUGAAUGAGCGACUGACCGGAGAUGGACAGACUAUCGAGGGAGGAGACCCCACCAAGGGAGCCUUGAAAACAAAAGCUAGCCACAGCACAAGUCAACUGUCACAGAAGCUGAAGACAACAUAUAAAGCCUCUACCAGCAAGAUCGUGUCCAGUUUCAAGGCCACCACAGGUUCCCGGGCCUUGUGCCAGCUGCUAAAGGAAUAUGUGGGUCACAGGGACGGGAUCUGGGACCUCAGCGUCACUAGAACACAACCAGUGGUCCUGGGUACUGCCUCUGCAGACCACUCAGCUCUGCUGUGGAGCAUCGAGACCGGGAAGUGUCUGCUGAGGUAUGCUGGUCACGCUGGAUCAGUCAAUUCCAUCAAGUUCCACCCCACGGAGCAGAUGGCCCUCACAGCCUCCGGGGACCAGACGGCUCACAUCUGGCGCUACAUGGUGCAGCUCCCUGCCCCACAGCCACCACCAGAUGUCAGUGCUCCGUGCGAUGACGACCAGGACUCUUCAGACAGAGAGGAAGGAGAGGUGGACGGCGAGGGUCCAUGCGAGGUUCCCACCGUCCGGGUCGCUACAGCCACAUUGAAGAGCCACCAGGGUGUAGUGAUUGCAGCUGAUUGGUUGGUGGGAGGUCGGCAGGUGGUGACGGCCUCCUGGGAUCGUGCUGCCAACUUGUAUGAGGUGGAGACUUCAGAGCUGGUUCACACGCUCACAGGCCAUGACCAGGAGCUGACCCACUGCUGCACUCACCCCACUCAGCGUUUAGUGGUCACAUCAUCCAGAGACACCACCUUCAGACUGUGGGACUUCAGAGACCCGUCCAUUCACUCCGUCAACGUCUUCCAGGGACACACGGACACCGUGACAUCCGCGGUGUUCACGGUAGGAGACAACGUGGUGUCAGGGAGUGACGACCGCACGGUCAAGGUGUGGGAUCUGAAAAACAUGAGGUCUCCCAUAGCGACCAUCCGCACGGACUCAGCUGUGAACAGGAUCAGCGUCUCUGCUAACCAGAGGAUCAUCGCUCUGCCACAUGACAAUCGACAGGUCCGACUGUUCGACAUGAGCGGAGUGAGGUUGGCCCGACUGCCGCGCAGCAACAGAAUGGGUCACAGGCGCAUGGUGUGUUGCACAGCGUGGAACGAGGAGAACCAGUCGUGCAACCUGUUCACCUGCGGCUUUGACCGACAGGCCAUCGGCUGGAACAUCAACAUCCCUGCGCUGCUGCAGGAGAAGUGAAGUCCCCGAGUCACGCUCUCUCUCACACACACACACACACACGCACUCGCAUAUACACACACACACACACUGAUGAGUAUCUCCCCACCUGUAUAUACAGUAUACCACCAAUACACACUGUAAUCUGUGGACCUGGUUCACGCUCGUAUGGCUAAAGUGUUUACCCUGUAUAAUGUGUUUGCUGUGACGGCUUUUACGGCUUCUCAGCAACGUGCGCUGUUGUACACUGUUUGUCACAGCCGGUACGGUUGUUCUAUUUCGGAAGGCCGCGGCCUUCAGCUUUGCCGGCAC